AUGGUGCUAAGUGAGGCUGUCCAUAUCACAGUGCUGACCUCUGUAUACACCAAUAUAGAUACAUCUGGAGGUGCGCAGUAUAUAUGUCACCUCAGUGUACCAGACGCUACACUAUCAUUUGGUCGAUCAGCACCCAUAACAACAGACAGAUCACCACCAGCGGAUGAGAGACACUCGGAACAACUUCCAUUGGUCAGACGAGUUAUAUUCCGUACAGGAGAUGGAUGGGAUAGAGAUGGUUUCGGUCCUUUCUACUGUGAGGCUACUAAACCUGAUCGAGAUGUUACAAGGGUUACUACAUUUUUCCAACGAAAUGAUGCUAAAUUCAUAUCAAGUGAUGGAUUGUUUACAAAGACAGUUAACGUGAAUGACACUGGAGUGAUGAUCAGCAUGACUAGCAGGUUUGGAUCUGAUGCAAGUGACAAUGUGAUUACUUGGAUGAAAGAUGGAAGUGAGGUUCUUACAUCAUUUGAUGGACAGACUCAGAUCAGCUUCCCAAACCCAAUCCAGACAUCAGACCAAGGAAUCUAUGAGAUCUACUAUGAUAACGAGAGGAAUCAAAGUAGAGGAGGAUUGUACAGACUAAUUGUCAGAGAAUGCCCUGCUGGUAAGUGGGGUCCCCCUGAGUGUUAUGGUAUCUGCGAUAAAUGCUACAAUGGUGGAGUCUGUGAUGGCAAGUCUGGUCUAUGUAUAUGUCCUAACAACUUCAACGGAACGAAUUGUUUAGAAAAACUGAUGGUGGAAAUCGGUUGGGAUUGA